AUAGAAGUACUGCAAGGUCGACGCAAAAUGUCCGACGACAGACUGUUUGCGACGAGUUACAGAUAUGAAGUACGCAAUCCGAACGCAAAGAUGCUACAAAAAGCACUGACUCUGCAGAAAUCGAGGAUUGAGGUAAAACUAUUAGGGGACAAACUAACAGUUUCUUAUUCUGUGUGAUAUAACUGAAACUGCUCGUGUUUCUGUUAGUUUCUCUCAGAAAGGCAACUUAAAUUUCUGUCAAAACUGUCUGUGAUAGUGGUAGUAUAGAAAAGAUAUAUACUCCUAGAUAUCAGACUUUGUCAUUCGGUAAGAUAUCGAUCUAUUUAAAAGUGAAAUUAUCUCAAUUACCUGAGACUGGAAAUCUAGGUCAGUUUCACCACUAAUUACUGCUGUUACCUUGAUUUGUUAAUAGACGGAUGAAAAAAUCGCGCAUAGAACAGAGGUUGAAAACUUGUGAGUAAUUUUCAAUAUGUUUCCUGAAUAAUGUUUCCAACGCCUUGUAAGUCCUGGAUUAUAAUUAGUCUCGUCCGAACGCUCCUUCAUCCCAUCGAGCAUUAGUCUAUCGCUCUGACGAAGGACAAACGCUCGAAACGUCAGCUUUGAAACUCUCUGUGGUGGCUAAUUUACGUUAUUAUCUCAGUUGAUAAUACUUAAUUACACUGCUAUACUCUCCCACCGACGCAGCACCGCAGUUUCUUUAGAAACUUACCCCCUUGAAAAAAAAAGUGAACUCGGGAGUUUGUUGAGAUGGAAGAUUUUUAGUCGCCUUUUUCCAGAAAACGACUUUCACACACUAAACUUAAUUAAUUUCGCGAUAGUAGCGUCGCUCACCGACACAAGACGAUGAGGUUACUAAACUACUCCGUCAUGGGACGUUUAGGAAAAAUUAAACAUGCAUGUAAAAGGUUUCCUUUGAAGUGAAAGGCCCACAUUGGCAGAAUUUCUAUAUCUUGCCACAUAAGCUCCGCACAGUUUCAAUGCUCCAAUUUUUCCUGUUUUCAGUUAGUCGUUCUCCUAACUUUACCGAUAUCUUUUUUAGAGUUUCAAGUGAACUGGAAAGAGCACGGUGGUUCAGUUCUCUUGAAGAGGUAAGGCAAGCCUUUGUCAGGUAUAUCAAACUCAAUUGAAUUUUUAGCAGUUAUCAUAAAACUUCCUAUGUUCCGACCCGUUCUCUAAAAAGGGAAACGCACAGACGCUAGAUAUGAGUGCAUUACGCGGGCCGGGGGAUUGGUACUGGUUACCGGUUACUAGCUUUGUUCCUCCUUCACCUAUGGAUGUAAAGGAUGUUCGUUUGUUGUGUGUCUUGGAAAGGUACCUGAGGGGAAGGGUGGGGGAAAAGGUCGUUGUAGUAAUGUAAAGCACUGCACCUCACACCCCAACCCGAGAUUUAAAAUCAAGUAGCAAAGCUUCAGAAAUUCAAUAUUUAAACGAGGGAGUAGGGAAAAGCGAGCUGAAAACGAAGUUGGGAAAACAGUCCACAACUUUCUCCAAUCUUUCCGCCUCUUCUUUCGUAUUAUUCCUACUCCUGCAAUUGCACCGUAGUUUGUGGUUGAGUGUACAUCCAAAAAAAGGAAAAUGUUUCUCAAGUUACGAGUUGCUUUACAUUCACACCCUGUCACACUCUGUUCACGGGUUAUUCACUGCUAGCUAGCUUUCCGCUCUUGAAAAAGGAACAUUUGAUCACAGGUGCUCCAAAAAGUGAAAAAAAAACUUCCUUAACUGACGUAAUCUGUUGUAGGACAGUGAAAAGCGGCGCCAGAAAAGAGAAAAAGAGCUUGCCGACGAUGAACUAAAGAUGGCCAACGAACAAUUCAUAAAAGUAUGUUUCUACAUUGUUGUGUGAACUGCAAGAAAAAAAAUUCCUUUCUCGCUCACAUGCUGUCGCCAACUUAACGAUUUCUUGCUUUUUCGUUUUCCGAAAAGUAUGCCACUGAAACAUAUAGUGUGUGUUUCACGGUACGUAUGGUCCUUUUUAAACCAGUUAACCCCUUAGAAUGGUUAGUUAAAUAAUCACCAACUUAAAAAAACCUUAGUUCUCAGACAAAUUAUCCUAUAUAGUACCACAGAAAACUCCCAGAGCACGGAAUGGACAACAUGCACACCUAUAUUCAAAUAGUAAAGCUGCUUCUGGCGAAUGAGCUCCAGCCCUCUGCCGUGAUUAUUUUGAACUUCUCGUCUCGUUUACUUAUUUUUCGCUGAUUCAGUCAUCUCGUUUCUUUGAUUGAAUGUUUGAUGUAUCUCUUCUCUUCCACAGAUUCGCCGUGCUCGACUUAAAAAGUUGUUAACAGAGGAAAAUAUCCAAUACGAGAAAGAGCUCAAUGAUUUCGGAAAAGCGUUCUACAAGAAAAGAAUUUAAGCCAACAUUAGCGUUGUUAAAAAGAUUCCGCGC